AUGGCUGGACAAACUCGUCGUAGGAGCUCAAGUGCGGCAUUUCAACAUCGCGCUGAGCAAGUGCACUUUGUUCCAUUCGAUGGACAUGAUGAGACAAGAAGACCUUCUCUCAGCGCAAUGAUAAUGAAGACGCGGCGGAAAAUGAAGUCUCGCCAAUUUCUACUGCUGAUUAGCAUUCUUACCUUGGCUACAUUCUCGAUAUUCUACCUGCGAGCGCCUUUUCCAUACCAUUCAACUUCUUUCCCAUCCUCUAAUCAGAAACCGAAACAGCCAAGCAUACCCAAUCGAAUAUCUACUUCCAUUGAUGAUGUCAAGAAACCGCAGGAAGCUUCAUAUCAUAUUGGUCCUUCGCAUCCAAUUUAUCAAUUAAUCAAGGAUAAUGAGCAAGCAUUCGAGAAUACAAAUGCGAAACAAUCGAAGACAUUGGAGGAGGCAGUGGCAGAAUAUAGAAAACGAUAUGGAAUACCUCCGCCCCCUAAUUUCGACAAAUGGUAUAAUUUCGCGAAGUCAAAAGGUGUAAAACUGAUCGACGAAUAUGACAACAUACAUACUUCCUUAACGCCGUUUUGGGGUUUGAAACCGGAAACAAUCAGAGGAAGAGCACGAGAGGCAUUGGGUUUUCCUAACAAUCUCAUAGGAUUGUUAAUUAGAGGAGGGAAGGUUACAAAGAUUGAGGGAGGGAACCAAUGGCAACAAGACGCUACGGUAGGAAUGAUGAAGCCAUUUCUGAAGUACCUCCCUGACAUGGAUCUUUGCUUCAACAUUCACGAUGAACCUCGUGUGGUUGUGCCAUAUGAAGAUUUAGCCCGGCUAGUACAUGUUGCAAAAGAUCAGAAUAUGCCGAAUGCGAAUUCUGUCGAAGCACCCAGAAACUCAUGGUCGCCUAGACCGAUUGAUGUCGCUAGUGACGGCCUGCGAGUACCCGAAGUGAAGACUACACGAUUCAACGUUUUUUCUCAUCAGCCAACGUGGACCCAUUCAAGAAUGUCUUGCCCUCCAGAUAGUGCUGCGAGGAGUCUCAACGAUGGACUAAAAGAGGACAAUUACGGCAGUUAUGCCGUGACGGAGCUGGGAUUCGUGUAUAACCAAACUGCGUUCUCAGAUAUUUGCCAAUCGCCCUCUUUUAGCGAAUCCUUCGGAUUUUUCGAUCGUCCCAACGCCUUUAAUAUCGUGCAUGACUUAUUCCCGAUUUUCUCUCAAUCAAAGAUCUCAUCGUUCUCCGAUAUAUUGUAUCCAUCUCCUUGGUACUGGUAUGGCAAAGUACCAUAUGAGGAAGCCGAAGACAAGGAAUGGAAGGAUAAGAAAGACAAAAUAUAUUGGAGAGGUUCGACAACCGGAGGCUUUAGUCGAGAUGGUGGCUGGAGACGGCAACAUAGGCAAAAAGUAGUACAAAAAGUCAACGCUGGCGAUCAAGCAAAGAUCUUGGUCAAUCGAGGCGAAGAGACAAAGGAAGAUUGGCAGGUGAAGAGUGUACCACGAAGUGAUUAUAAAGAGAUUUUUGACAUCUUCUUCUCCCACGUUGGGCAAUGCGAUCCUGGGGAUUGCGAAGCCCAAAAGAAUUUCUUUGAUGUUAAGGAGGCAGCGAAGCAACAAGAUGCAUGGAAGUAUAAGUAUCUGCUUGAUAUGGAUGGAAAUGCUUUCAGUGGUCGAUUUUACGCUUUUUUGAAGAGCAAAAGUCUGGUGUAUAAAAUGGCUGUCUUCAGAGAAUGGCAUGAGGAAUGGCUCAAGCCUUGGGUGCAUUAUAUACCUUUAAGCUUAAGAGGCGAUGAAUGGGUUGAGGCAGUACGAUGGUUUGCAGGAGAAGACGUUGGGAAGAAAGAAGCAGAACGAAUUGCCCUGCAGGGAAGAGAUUGGGCAGAUCAUGUGCUCAGAAACGAAGACCUAGAAGUAUGGUUUUUCAGAUUAAUGCUUGAAUACGGAAGAUUAGUUGACGACGACCGAGAAAUCAUCGGAUAUACAGGAACAACAGGAUCGACAUAA